AUGGCUACACGAAGGAGCGUCACCACCGCAUCUCGCGACUAUAAUGAAGCUCUCAAGCUUCUGUCUACGCUCUACUCAAACCGCCAAAUCACCAAUUUAUUCGACAAACCGACCGCUCAAAAUGCCUCAUCCGGGCCACCCAAAGAUCUGAAUGCGCUUGCUCUCCCAGAGAUGCGCGAAUGGCUUCGUCGCGCUGGAUAUGAGCCAAAAGAUCUCGCCCGUCUUAAGCAUAUUCAUGUAGCGGGUACAAAGGGCAAAGGCUCUGUGAGUGCAUUUGCAACGGGCAUGCUCAAGCAAUAUGAGACUGUCGGUACCUAUACAAGCCCGCAUCUCGUAAGCCCUCGCGAGCGUAUCGCUAUUCAAGGCGAGCAGGUCUCCCAAGCUCUUUUUGCAGAGGCUUUCUUUGAGCUAUGGGAACGAUUGUCCGACGCCGCUAAGAAGGACGGCCAGAGUAUCACGGAUGCCAAUGGGCCCAAUUCCAAGCCCUUCUUCUUCCGUUUCAUGACACUUCUUGCUUGGCACAUUUUCCUACGGGAAAAAGUCGACAGUGUUGUUCUCGAGUGCGGCAUCGGAGGCGAAUAUGACGCUACGAAUAUUGUUCCCUCAGAGGCUGUUUCGACAGCUGUCAUCACACAACUGGGCAUAGACCAUGUUGCGAUGUUGGGCGACACGGUUGAGAAAAUCUCAUGGCACAAGGCAGGUAUUCUCAAGCCGGGAGUACGUGGCUUUGUGCGCCGAAUGGAUGAGAAGCCCAGUGUGAGACAAAUCCUUCAACAACGGGCGACGGAAAAGGGCGCCGAACUUACAGAACUCGACGAUGCGAGCGUUGAGCGAUGGGGAGGUGUAGUUGGAAAACUGCCCGGCGAUUUCCAGAAAUACAACCAAGCUCUUGCCGUCCUUGCUGUGCGUCACCAUCUGGGCAUGGAUGUUGAUCCGGCGGCUGCUUUGCUGGACCUCCCUGAUAAGAUGGUCACUGGUCUCAAAGAAGCAAGUCUCAGGGGACGAUGUGAGAUCAUUCAGCAGGGCGAUAUCGGUUGGCAUCUUGAUGGUGCGCAUACCAAAGAUAGUAUGCAGGAGGUCGCAAAAUGGUUCGCUACCAGCAUUGGCAAAGAUGAAUCUGCGAUAUUAGUAUUUAACCAGCAGGAGAGAGAUGCGACACAACUGUUGGCGACCCUUCUUGAUACUAUUCAAGAGGUUACAGGACGAGAGAACAUUUUCAGCCAUGCAUUCUUUACAAGGAAUGAUCAGGAGAAAGCUUCCAGUGAUGAAGCUAGAGACCUAACAGUUCAGACGCGAGUUGCAGAAUCAAUGAAACAGAGGGCAACUGGAUGUCAGAUCAAGACUUUUGAUAAUAUUCAAGAUACAGUCAAUGAGGCAAGGAGAGUCGCAGCCCCGAAUCAAAAGGUUUUGGCAACAGGGAGCAUGUAUCUUGCAGGGGGUAUGUUGCGAGCCUUGGAGCCCGAAGGUCUAUUAUAA